GUUUUGAGCCAAGUUCAGUAUUACGAGUAUUUAUCAACCAGAAACAUUAUGGUUUUUAUCUUGUCGUUUAGCAAGUUUAGUGAUUAUCUUUUAAUUAUCGGGUCCAAUAGCUAAUACAUUUAUACCGCGGUACUUUUUAAUCUAAUUAUAUUCCUCUAGUAAAAAUGUUGAAGACUGUUAGCAGCAAAUAUCCCCGGAUAUCUCUAGUAAAAAAAUCAAAAUGUAGCCACUACUCAACCAAACUAAGCUACAAACAUAACCUUGGCGAAGAACCAUUACGUCACAUUACUAUCGGAACACUUCUUGAGGAAACCGUCGCUAAAUUUGGGGACAGGAAAGCAUUGAUCUCUAGACACCAGAAAAAGUCACUAACUUUUGCGGAAAUUCUGGACCAGACGGACAAACUAGCAUCAGGGUUUAGGUCAAUAGGAUUAGAAAAAAAUGACCGGGUGGGCCUAUGGGCGCCCAAUUUAAUCGAAUGGUACAUUACUAAAAUGGCCUGUGCGCGAGCUGGGUUGAUUAUGGUAGGCUUAAAUCCGGCCUACCAGCCGCCGGAAAUGGAGUAUUGUAUUAAUAAGGUCGGAAUUAAGGCCAUUGUGUGCGCUGAUCAGUUCAAGAGCCAAAAUUUUUAUGAAAACUUGGCAACUGUAGCGCCCGAACUGGAAAAAUCCGAGCCUGGAAAAGUGAAAAGUGGCAAAGUACCGUCGCUUCAAACUGUGAUAACCAUGAGUGAAAACAAAAAACGAGGGGCCUUCAAUUUCGGCGAAAUUCUAGACUUAGCUACCAAUGACAGUAUUGCACAAAUCAGAAAGUACCAACGAGAUAUUAGUCCCGACGGCCCUUGCAAUUUACAGUUUACAUCGGGAACCACCGGUAAACCGAAAGCUGCUCUGACCUCUCACUUCAAUAUGGUCAACAAUGGCUAUCUGAUAGGCAAACGAAACGAACUGAAUCGGAAACAUCACACCAUUUGCUUGCAAGUACCAUUUUUCCACGCUUUUGGUACCACCAUAUCCAUAAUGGCGGCGUUAAACCACGGCGCAACGAUGGUACUACCCACAGAUGGGUACAGUCCGGACAAAUCCCUUGAUGCCAUCAAGGAAGAGAAAUGUACCAUAAUCCACGGUACCCCAACCAUGUACGUGGAUCUGGUCCACCAGCAAGAAGUGCGCAAAGAGGACAUUUCGCCGGAAAUCGCAGUUGCAGGUGGGGCUCUUUGUGCCCCUCAACUUUUCAAAAAAAUGCUUUCGGUGCUCAAUGUGAAAAAAGUGAAAUCUGUCUAUGGUUUGACUGAAACCACGGCGGUAGUGUUCCACUCUAUGGUCACAGAAAGCGAAGAAAAGGCUGUUUCGACCGUUGGUCACGUUGGUGAACAUGUUGAGGUGAAAAUCGUUGACAAGGACGGUGUUGUGGUCCCGUGUGGCACCCCAGGCGAGUUGUGCAUACGGGCAUAUUGCAAUAUGUUGGGUUAUUGGGAAGAUGAAGCCAAGACCAAGGAAAUGAUCGGACCCGAUAAUUGGCUAAUGACUGGUGACCAGUUUAUACUUGAAGAAGACGGUUACGGAAAAGUCGUCGGACGACUCAAAGAAAUGAUUAUAAGGGGAGGCGAAAACAUAUUCCCUAAAGAAAUUGAAGAAUUCCUUAAUUCCCAUCCAAAUAUUUUGGAGACACAUGUUAUCGGGCUUCCCCACGAACGGCUUGGAGAGGAAGUUUGUGCAUGCAUUCGCGUCAAACCCGGGACCAAAGUCACGUUUGACGAUAUGGUCAGUUUUUGCAAAGGCAAAAUGGCCCAUUUUAAAAUCCCGUCCAAGUUAAAAGUUGUUGACGAAUUCCCCAAAACAACUUCGGGCAAAAUACAAAAGUUCAAGCUGAAGGACUUGCCCGCAAAUUAAAACAGUACAAAAACGUGUAAUUGAAAUAUUUAUUUUUUAACUGUUGUUUUAAUAAAUUUUUCUCGCAUA